GGCUAUGCGCGUGACGCCCCGCCCACGCUACUACUACAUAACCAGCUCCAGUCAUUCUUAUGAAACAACAAACACCAGACUUUCAAGUUCAAGCUUUCUUUAAACAGCAGAUUACAAAACCAGGAGCACCUACUACAGACGAACAGAAGUUACAGCUGCGUGUGUGGAAAAUGUCGAUUUUCAGGAAUACCGUCUGGUUUGUGAAAGGACUCCAGGAGUACACGAAGAGUGGUUAUGAAGCCGCAGCAAAGCAUUUUGCUCCAGCAGACCUGGAUGUGAACCUGAGUGGGAGGUCCUUCAUGAUAACAGGUGCCAACAGUGGGAUAGGAAAAGCCACAGCACAGGAAAUUGCCAACAGAGGGGGAAUUGUUCACUUGGUGUGUCGAAACAAGGGCCGUGCAGAAGCAGCCAAAGAGCAAAUUGUAGAACAGAGUAAAAAUCAGAAUGUUCACGUCCACAUCGUUGACAUGUCCAGUGCGAGACAAGUGUGGGAGUUUGCACAGAGCUUCUCACAAAACAACGGGCUUCAUGUGCUGAUCAACAAUGCCGGCUGCAUGGUCAACGACAGAGAGUUAACUGAGGAGGGUCUGGAGAAGAACUUUGCCACAAAUACACUUGGUACAUACAUCCUAACCACAGCACUGAUGCCUGCACUGAAGAAAGCUGAAGAUCCAAGAGUGGUCACCGUGUCGUCAGGCGGCAUGCUCACACACAAACUGAACGUGGACGACCUCCAGUUCGAGAAGGGGACGUUCGACGGCACCAUGGCCUACGCUCAGAACAAAAGACAGCAGGUGAUUCUGACGGAGAGAUGGGCUUCUCAACACAAAGAGAUCCACUUCUCCUCCAUGCACCCGGGCUGGGCAGACACACCUGCUGUCCAGUCGUCAAUGCCGUCCUUCCACGCUAAGAUGCAGUCCAGACUGAGGACAGAGGCCAUGGGAGCAGACACGGUGGUGUGGCUCGCUGUGUCUCCAGCUGCCGUGAAGCAGCCAAGUGGACUUUUCUUCCAGGAUCGUAAAGCAGUGGCGACGCACCUUCCUCUGGCCUGCAGCAGGUCCUCCCCCCAAGAGGAGGAGAAGCUUCAAGCUGUGCUGGAGGAGCUCGCCCUCAAGUUUAAACCCUAAUAUCUCUGCAGACGCACCAGGCACUCCUCACUAAUCUGAUGUUUACAUCUGUGUCAAUACACAAGAGACAGUUCUUGCAGUUGUUUGACAUACAUAUUUAACCAUGUCCAGUUAAUGCUGUUUACAACUAACAAGAAUCUUCCAUGGA